AUGUCAACUAGCAAAUUUUGUGAUUUGUUCGCGAUUGCUGGCAGGUGAAAAUAUUCGAUUAUUGCGAUUUUCUUUUGAAACAUUGCCAGAGAAGUCUUAACAAUUUGAAACAUUAAGCAUCAAAUUCGGUUAGGAAGUGCAUAUUGCUUUGUAGGGUUAAUAAAUAAAUCAUAAAGAAAUUAAACAAAAAAUAUUAUAAUAGUUGCAAAAAGUAGAAGGGAAAAUCGAAGUAAAACGCAAAAAAAGCAAACUUUCUUUUCUGCCAUUAAAAUUGGCGAAAGCAAAGCAGCUGUUGAAUUAAACAGUGACUUUGAAAAAGUGUCAAUAAUAUAGUGAAACCAAAGUAAAAAUAUUUCAGUGCAUUCUAUAUAUACUAGAUCCGUCAGGCUGUCGCCGGAAAGAAGCGGUGCAUUCACAACUUGUGGGCGUUUCGUCAUCAUAGUCAGUUAACGCUGCCACCACCGUCGCCGUAACGCAUGACUCGUUACCCACUUCGGGUGGAUGCGCAAUUCAUUUUGCAAUAGCAAGACAACCCAUUAUCAACGUGUAAUUUUUUACUAUAUCUGCUGUGCAGCAUCCGCAAAGUUUCCAUAUUUGUGGUUGACAGUUCCACCACCUUAGUGUGGUCAACCAAUUGUCAUCAACAUGAAGAAAAUCUUUUCAAAAUUCGAUAAAAAUGAAAAAUUGGAUAACUCGCACAAUCACUCCACAUCGAAGGAGACCAACAGUUUUGUUGGUAAAGUAUUUACAGUGGGACGUGUAAGUGUGACCGUGGAAGAUGUGCUCGCUGAAGGUGGUUUUGCCAUGGUCUUCCUCGCUAAAGCGAACACAGGCAAUACAAAAUAUGCGCUGAAACGUAUGUAUGUGAAUAACGAGCACGACUUGAACGUGGCCAAAAGGGAGAUUCAGAUCGCUAGUAAUCUAAGCGGUCAUAAGAAUAUUAUAGGCUACGUAGACUCGAGUAUUACGCACACCGGUAACGGUGUAUGUGAAGUACUGUUGCUCAUGCCCUACUGCAAGCAGCACAUGCUGGCCAUGAUGAAUGCAAGAUUGCAGGUUGGCUUUAACGAACAGGAAGUUCUCACCAUAUUCUGUGAUAUUUCAGAGGCAGUGUCACGCUUGCACUAUUGUCAAACCCCAAUUAUCCAUAGGGACUUGAAAGUUGAGAAUAUACUGCAGAAUGAUGCUGGUAAUUUUGUACUCUGCGAUUUUGGCUCAGCCACAGGGAAAGUUUUGAAUCCGCAACAACAUGGUGUCACUUUGGUUGAAGAGGAAAUCCAAAAGUAUACAACAUUAUCGUAUCGUGCGCCUGAAAUGAUCGAUCUCUAUUCUGGUAAAAGUAUUACAACUAAAGCGGAUAUCUGGGCACUCGGCUGCAUGCUAUACAAAUUGUGCUUUUUCAAUUUGCCCUUCGGCGAAAGUACGUUGGCCAUACAGAAUGGUCAAUUCUCCAUACCAGACAAUUCCAAAUACUCAAAAGGCAUGCAUCAAUUGAUUAAAUAUAUGCUCGAGCCCGAUAUGGAUAAGCGGCCGAAUAUUUGGCAAGUGUGUGAAGUGGUGUUCCGAUUGGCUGGCAAAGAGAAUCCAGUACAAAAUUUGCACAAAUCUCCACCACCAAAUUUCGAACAACUCGUCAUCCCUCCAUUUGAGUCCGAAGCGAAACGCUUAUCUGCUGCUGCCGCAUCAAAAACACCUAAGCCUCAAAGUGUGCCGAUCGUCGAGUCUGGUACGAGUGUAGCGCCUCGUCAACGCCCGAAAGGCUCCACUGCUGUACACGGUCCAAAUCCACUGGGUCUUGGCUUGCCGCCAAGUCCAUCACCACGCAAUAAUAUAACAUCGCCACAGCCACAACAACAACCGAUAGUUGAACAAUUUCAAGCGAAUUUUCCACAAUUGGCGCCACCAGUCGGGCCACCACAACCAAUACAACAACAAGCACCAACAACAACCGUGUCUGCAGCCACAGUGGUCAUGCCGGCAACAACACCACAAACCUCUACUAUUGUAGUUGCCGCAACUCCCACAGUUGCACCACCACCACCACCACCACAACUAACACAACAAACUGUCAACCAAACCGGUAUCACCAACACGGCAGCAAUUGCAGCACAACAGCAACAACAACCGCCGCCUGAAGUGCUGAAUAGCCUCUUUGAGUCGUCUGUAUAUCCAGAUCCGUUUAGUGAGAAUGCACCGGUAGCAAUGAAAAAUACAACUGUAGACACAGUCGCAUGCAGCAGUGGUCUGAGUGUUGGUGUGGGUCUGGGCCUGGGCGUGGGUGGGCUGGGCGACGGUUUGGACAAUAUAGCUGUGAGCUCUCUGUCAGCACAUCAUACAACUGUCGGCAGCACACCAACAAAGAGUAGUAUGCUGACUGUGUCGGGCGUGGGCCCAAGCUCUGGUGGCAGUGGCACCUCUGGACAUCGGCGCAAUGUUAGCGAUACGUCUGCCUUUAAUAAAACUUUCGCCAACGAGACUUCUCAAUUUCUGGCGCCCUAUGAUCAUUCGGUCAAGAGUCGUGCGUCACACGCGAACGAUGCCAGUGGCGGCGGUGGCGACGACAGCAUGCUGGUCAAUGCAAUGGCCAAUUCUGGCACGAAUUAUGGUGGCUCGAAUCCAGGACUCUUUCUACCAGCAGCACAAACGUUGCAUAUGCAAGGCCAAGGCGCCGCCGCCAUGUCGGCGUCAAUAUCGAAUGCCGAAUUGACAAGCGCUCAAGUGUUACGUAGCAACAUAGAGACUAAUAAUAGUUUGGCACACACAAACGUCGAUGCUGUGGCUGCGAAUCAUGCCAGUGGCAGUUCAUUAGGUAAACGCAUCGAGGCUUGGAAUCCAUUUGAAGAGCAACCAUUCGGACAAAUGACAGAAGAUCAUAUAUUCGAAGCAGAAUUUGAUAAGAUACGCCAGCGUGGCAGUCAAGGAAGUAUCACAGCUAAGUCUGCAUCGACUACUUCAACUCUAACGCCUACUGAAGGUUAUGCGACAAGUAUGCCUGCAACGCAAACGCAAAUAGUGUCGCAACAACAACAACAACCACAAACACAACUUCCGGUCACGGCCACGCCGUUCGGCCCAACAGUUGCCGGCGGCGGCGGCUCGGUUACAGGUGGCGGCAGCGGUAGUGUCAAUGCCGCCGUGGCACACAUACCCGAAGAUCCAUUCGGCUCGGCGCCAUUCAGCUUGCCGGCCGGAUUGCGCGAGAAAGCAACAACGCUGCGUAAAACUGGAGCUAAAUUUAUCGUCAUCGGUGGUCCUUCAGCAUCUAUGGCUUCGUCUAGUGGCGGCGCGAGUGGCAACAUAACGGCGGCCUGUGGUACUACCUCGUCGACCGCUUCGUCUAAAUGGCUGCUAUCACCCACACUCGAAGUGUCGAGUGAAGAGAAAACUUCUUUGAUAAAUAAUCUCAAAACUGAUUCGGAAGGUGGCGCUGACGGUGCUUUAGGCGAUGCACUACAUUGUAUUGGUGGUGGUGGUGGCGGUGAUGGCGAUUCUGUGGCCACAUUGGCUGGUGUAGCAUUGCCGAGUGGUAGUUUUGUCAAACUUCCUUUGGAGGAUCGUAAUAAAUAUGAGAAAUUGCGUAGUAAUGAUAAUCCCACUUCGGAUGAUUCCGAUUCGGAGUAUUUUCAAGAAGACUAUGGCAAUACGACUGGGCCCAGCAGCACAAAAGCGAUUUUCAAGCAAAUUGUCACCAGCAACAUACCAGAUACUAUACAUAAGAUACAGCAGGCUGCUUAUCACAAAGUCGAUAAGACACAGUUAAAAGUGCCUAUAGUUAAGAAAUUACGUCAUUCUACUAAGAAACCAACAACGGCCGCUCAGCAGGCUGCUCAACAAGUCAACGCCGCCUUAGAGCAACAUGAACAACAGCAACAGCAAGCGGCUGCAAUUGCUGCAGCUGCAGCAGCUGCUUCGGGUGAUAAGUCGGAUAGUGAAGAUUCGAUCGGUUCUGCAAGUGAUUUGCGUGCCGAAGAUGAUGACUUUUUCGACGAGAACGACGUGCAAACGCGCAAUACAAAACUACGACGUCCCGUCAUGGAUAUGGACGGCAUAAGUGAGAGUGUAAAGACGUGUAGUUCAUCGGCUUACCAUGCGGAAUGUGAAAGUGUCACUACGCACGAAGAUGAUGUUAGUCGUGUGUUGGUUAAAGUGCGUAUGCGUAAGAAGGAUCGCACUGCGGCCGCUGUGGCAGCUGCUGCUGAAGCGAAUGGCAUUACAGCGCGCGAUGAUGAAAGUGAGUUGAGUCCGACAUCUAAUGAUUUUCUAAAUAAAUUCGGCGAUAAACCAUUAUUGCUCGACGAUGAAUUAGAUUAUGGUUCUGGUGAUUCCGAUUCGAAAGGUAAGAGUAGCAAUGAGACAGAAGAAUCGCCUGAAAAUGCGCCACUACCGAGUUUAGCCUCAAACACCAAUAACCAACCGGAGGAGUUGGAUGUGUUUGCGAUGGCGCCGUUUAAGAUGCCCGUGGGCUUACCUUUGAAAAGACGUACUUCCAAAAGUCAACGUUCGCUGCCUAAAGUGCCGGCCCGAAAUCCACCGGUGCAAUCGCAUUCCGUGGAAAUUUGGACAUCGACACCAGUAAAAAGUGUUGAUAAACGCACCAACUCAGUGGAUAAUUUUGCUAAUUUUCCUUCGGGUCCCUCACCGCAGUUGGACGAAUUUAAUGAACCAUUUUUCAAUCCAUUUGCCGAAACGAAAAUUAAUCCAAACACAGUAAUACCCAAGUCUCACGUACAAAGUUCGUCCAAUUUUGGCACUGUCACCGUUAUAUCGAACGCGGCAGAAGCGCCCAAAGAACCUACUACUGUAAAGCCAAUAGCGAUAACAAACUUUGUGCCCAAUUUUCCAGCAACGGAGCGACCGAUUAUCGAGCCAAAGCUAUCAGCUAACGAAGUGUAUGCACCCGAACAAGAUCUCUUUGGCUCCGAACCAUUUCCACAGGUAAUUCGUAAAUCUAUAAUUGUGAACCCCAUAGAAGGUAUCAAUGACAGCGUUACAAGAAAUAAGAAUAACAAUAAUAUUGUGCAAAUAAAACAAAUCCAAGCAACAGCACCCAAUCCUCUGACUCAAACACAAAACCAACAUUCCGGUUUGACAACCAUUCCGGCGCCCUUUGGCGCUCCAACAGUUCCACAGCCCAGUGGUCCUGCGCCACAACUUGUUACAGUUAACCAUUCAAUAAUUAUCAACAAAACACCCGAACCGUUGUCGAACUCCACACUGCAAUACCGCAAUAAUAUCAAUUCAAUUCAAUUAAAAGCGUCCACAGCAGCGCCUCCAUUGAGUGUGUCAACAAGUGGUGGCGCUACUAGCGCCUAUAUAAAAUUGCCUGCAACUGUAGCGACGAGCGCAAACAAUAUUACCACCGCCAAGCAUGUUAAUAUCAGUAUUCCCCCGCCCAAUGUUGCCGCCAUCAAUGUACCCGCACCCAAUGCCGCCGCCGCCGCCAUGCACAAGCCAACACCCAAAGCGAGCACUCAUGCUACCAGCACACACGGUGGCAUCGUACUCAAUAUACCAAGCGGUAUGUCCCAUUCCGUUUCCUCCACCACCACAUCUGCCAGUAAAACAGCGCAAACGCCUAGUAACACUAUCGGUGGUUCGUCCAGCAUGAUUACGCAUUUGAAAAUGUCCGAUCAUCAGUCAUUGUUUCCAAUUGCCGAUAAUGGUUUUGUACAAAUCUCUCAAGAUCGUUGUUCGGACUUUGCUACAGACGAUGAGGCGGAGCCAGUGGUUCCGCAUGGAUCGCAUGCUGCCGACAUGGAUGCAGUCACACCAGCAACAACAGCAUCCACGUCAGCUGCGACGACGUCGAUCCUCAACAGCGCCGCCAUCACCACAACAAAACCAAAAAAGGAAAAGUCCCAUUUGGGUGUAAGAACGCUACCGGCUAAAAUCACACAAAAAGUCAAGGGACACACAUACAAAAAAGUUGUCUCCGCAAGCGGACUCGGCUCAACCUCAUCACUCACAUCUAGCAGCAAACAGAAGCAUCAACGUCUACAGAGUCAAUCGCAAGACGAUGACGACGAUGAUGAUGACGACAUCAAUGAGGGAAAAUAUAAAAAUCGCUCAACAACAAACAUCUCAACCAACAGUUCAACAAAACAUUCCAAAUCGACAACAAGUGCUGGUGUUGGCAGCAACGCCAAAGGCACAAGUGCCUCAGCCAAUGCGGCAAUGACGAGUAGCUUCCAAUCGAAUACGAUACAAAAUUCAGCGAAAACUGGCUUUAGCAAUAUGAGUUUCGAAGAUUUCCCAUCCGAUCAAGAGAUCGAUCGACUCUCCAAAACCAUACCGUUCGAGGUGGUGCGCAAUGAGAAAAUGUUGCUGGAAGCCGAAAAGAAAUUCGGUUCGUUGAAGCGACGCAAUAAUCUAUUCUCCUAUUACGUUUCAUUGUCUACGAUGUCGCCGGCUUCAACGAUUUUAGUUAAAUGCGGUGGCUUUUCGACGCAGCUUGAACGUCAUGUGCAGGAAAAAAUCGAUGGACAUCCAUUAUGGGGUUCGCGUUUUGACCUGGAAAAUCCAACAGCUGUGGUUCAAACACAUUUAGACUUUCUUCAAAAUGGCGCACAAAUUAUCGUAUCCAACACGUAUCAGGCGAGUAUUGAAGGUUUCAUGGAGCAUUUGAAGUUGAGUCGUGAGGAAAGCAUACAAUUGAUGCGCAAAAGUGUACAACUAACUAAAGAGGCAAAAUUUAAAUAUCAAGAAAUGGUGGAGAAAACAAAUGGUACUACAGAGCCUGGUUUGCCACUAAUAAUUGCUUCAAUUGGUCCAUAUGGUGCACAUUUACAUGAUGGCUCUGAAUAUAAAGGCAGUUAUUCGAAACGCGUUUCCAGGGAAGAUAUUCAAAAUUGGCAUCGUCCUAGGAUUGAUGCCUGCCUGGCAGAGGGUGUUGACGGAUUGGCUGUGGAAACCAUACCUUGUCAGAUGGAAGCUGAAGCUGUUGUUGAUAUGUUGUUACAAGAUUAUCCUGAUGUGAAGUUUUGGGUUUCCUUUCAAUGCAAGGAUAACGAAUGCUUGGCACAUGGUGAAACUUUUUCUAAUGCUGCUUAUUCAAUAUGGAACAAAGUGAAGGAGGCAAAUGCUGUUGACCGGUUAAUUGCUGUUGGUGUAAACUGUCUGAAUCCAAAGUUCGUUAAGCCGCUCUUUAAAUCGCUGCAUACACUAGCUGGCAGCGAAUCCAUACCUCUUAUUGUAUACAGCAACCGUGGAGAAAUCUAUGAUGAAAAGCAAGAAAAAUGGACUGGUCGCGAUGAAUGCAUACCACUGGACUCAUAUGUACCUGAUGAAACUUCUUUUAACAUGGGCCCAACACGGAUACUGACCAAAGAUGGCGGCUUUGGCACGCAAAUGACGGUGCAUGUUGGCAACGCCGUUGAUGGUGAUCCGUUAUGGAGCGCUAGAUUCAACGCUACAAAUCCAGCGGCUGUUAUCAAUACACAUUUAGAUUUUUUGCAAAAUGGUGCCGAUAUCAUACUGACUAACACUUACCAAUGCAGUGUUGAAGGUUAUGUUGACUACUUGGACUUGGAUGUUGAGCAAAGCAUUGAGUUGAUGAAGAAAACAGUGCGUUUGGCGCAUAUUGCUAAAGAUAAAUACUUGGCGGAAUGUUGCGAAGCGAAAGUGCACGUACCCGAUGGUUUCCCUCUCAUACUGGCUUCAAUCGGUCCAUAUGGCGCCCAUUUGCAUGACGGUUCCGAGUACACAGGCGAUUAUGUAGACCAUGUUACGCUGAAAGAGAUUACCGACUGGCAUCGUACACGUAUUGAUGCUUGUUUAGCAGCUGGCGUUGAUGCGUUGGCCAUCGAGACAAUCCCCUGUCAGGCUGAAGCGGAAGCGUUGGUAGAAAUGUUGUGUGAUGAUUAUCCAGAUGUUAAAUAUUGGAUAGCUUAUCAGUGUAAGGAUGAAAACACUUUAGCGCAUGGAGAAAAUUUUGCAGAUGCAGCGCGCUCGUUAUGGGAACUAUUAGGAGAACGUAACGCACGAAGUAAAUGCUUGGCAAUAGGUGUUAAUUGCGUGCAUCCGGGGUUUGUUACACCAUUGUUCAAAAGUUUAAACGGUAACACACCUGAUGCCGAGAAGAUUCCACUGGUUGUGUAUCCGAACAGUGGAGAAGUUUACGAUGUAGCGAAGGGUUGGCAAGGGCGCGAACAUUGUGUACCACUGGCAAGCUACGUGCCUGAAUGGUCUAAAUUGGGAGCGAAAAUCAUCGGUGGCUGCUGUCGCACAUAUGCCAGAGACGUUCGUCUAAUUUCAGAAAGUGUAGAAGCGCAAAAUAAAUUAAACAGAUUUAUUUAGGCAUACAAAGAUCGUUGACCUCAAAUUAGUUAAAUUAUGUAGAGAAAUGUACAAAAAAUAAUUUUAUACCAAUUUUUUAUUUAAAAUAAAUAAACAAACAAACUCCUUUGUA